GCACUCGGCACUCAGCCUGGAAAAAAAAAAUCUUUUUAUCUUAUUUAUAGAGUGAAAGAAAAAAGAAUCCACACCGCCGGCUGUCGCCGCCGCCUCUGCCACCUGACUUUUUUUUAUCAAGUAGGGAUAAAAAAAAUGGCAUUAAUGUCCCAGACAAGUCCGUCACAAAGCAUUCGUAACGAGCUUUUACAGUGUAAAUCUGGACUAUUUACUGGAGCAAAUAACGCCAAUGCGUUUAGACAUAGGACAUCAAUGGUUGCCUUCCCGUCUAAGAAUGUCCAAAGUAUACAUGUAGAUGCCAUUGCUGUAAAAUCCAAAAGGGGCACUCAAGUCAUUGUUGCCGCAAGUCCUCCCACAGAGGACGCGGUGGUUUCUACAGAACCACUUACGAGGGAAGACCUUAUUAGUUACCUUGCGUCGGGGUGCAAGCCUAAGGAAAACUGGAGGAUAGGGACUGAACAUGAAAAGUUUGGUUUUGAUCUUAAAACAUUGCGUCCUAUGACGUAUGAGCAAAUUGCCCAUCUUCUCAAUGCCAUUUCUGAGAGGUUCGACUGGGAGAAAGUCAUGGAAGGUGACAACAUAAUUGGUCUCAAACAGGGAAAACAAAGUAUAUCUCUGGAACCUGGGGGCCAGUUUGAGCUUAGCGGUGCUCCUCUUGAAACUCUUCAUCAAACCUGUGCAGAAGUUAAUUCACACCUUUACCAGGUUAAAGCUGUUGCUGAAGAGAUGGGUAUUGGGUUCAUAGGAAUUGGAUUCCAGCCAAAGUGGGAACGUAAAGAGAUACCAAUAAUGCCUAAGGGAAGAUAUGAGAUUAUGAGGAAUUACAUGCCUAAAGUUGGUUCUCUUGGACUUGACAUGAUGUUCCGGACUUGUACUGUUCAGGUUAAUCUGGAUUUCUCUUCUGAAGCUGACAUGAUAAGAAAGUUCCGUGCUGGUCUUGCUUUGCAACCUAUUGCUACCGCACUGUUCGCUAAUUCACCAUUUACAGAAGGAAAGCCAAAUGGUUAUCUCAGCAUGAGGAGCCAAAUUUGGACGGACACUGAUAAUAAUCGUUCUGGGAUGCUUCCGUUUGUCUUUGAUGAUUCUUUUGGAUUCGAGCAAUAUGUUGAAUAUGCUCUUGAUGUCCCGAUGUAUUUUGUUUAUCGGAACAAGAACUACGUUGACUGUUCUGGGUUGUCCUUCAGGGACUUCCUCGCAGGAAAACUUUCUCCAAUUCCAGGAGAAUAUCCCACUCUGAAUGAUUGGGAGAAUCACCUCACAACAAUAUUUCCUGAGGUGAGACUCAAAAGAUACUUGGAAAUGAGGGGUGCUGAUGGAGGGCCAUGGAGGAGGUUAUGUGCAUUGCCCGCAUUUUGGGUAGGCAUAUUAUAUGAUGAUAUAGCUCUGCAAAAUGUUCUGGAUAUGACAGCCGAUUGGACUCAAGCAGAAAGAGAAAUGUUGAGAAACAAGGUGCCUGUAAGUGGUCUGAAAACUCCGUUUCGUGAUGGAUUGUUGAAACAUGUUGCUGAAGAAAUUCUGACAUUCGCAAAGGACGGACUGGAGAGAAGAGGAUAUAAGGAAACUGGUUUCUUAAAUGAAGUAGCAGAGGUUGUUAGAACAGGUUUAACACCAGCAGAGAAGCUCCUUGACUUGUAUCAUGGUAAAUGGGGACAAAAUGUGGAUCCUGUAUUUGAGGAGCUACUUUACUAAGCUGCCCGACUUCUUGUCCAUAUUUCUGAAUAAGCUGUAUGUCAUAUAUGCAUGAAGCGAUCAUGGAAUGCGUCCCUGGUGUGACCAUAAAUACAGCAAGUAGUAGAGUUAUACCAUUUAAGAUCUCUGAGGUUUACUUUGUUCCAACCAUCAUAGGCUCCUAUGUACACCUGUAGAAUAAAUUAAAAUGAUCUGUGUAUUUUUAUUGCUUUCUUUCAAGACAAUCAUUCUUCUGUUUAAUCAUCAACCCGAAUCAGACUGAUCACUUGUAUUCAAAGCAAUAAUAUAGAGUUAGAUCAAGGUUCCUCUUAA